ACAACAACAGGAGAAUUCAAAGGUGAUGAUGAUGAGGUACAUGAUAUAUGUUCUUGUUUGGUUCAGAUGCUGCCAGUCUCUGUUGGCUAAGUUGCUGUUUUUGAUCCAGAGUUUCGUCUGUCUACAUGUUCUAAGGGGAUGAGGAUAAAUACUCUGUUCUACCUAACUUCUUUUUUUUAAAAAAAAUUGUGAUUCUGUUUUGUUUUGAACAAACUUUUUACGAGAUUUAUGCUUUUUAGGAAGGAAUGUUGUUUUUAUAAAUCUUGCUUAUGAAAUGUUGCUUUUGUUAUUUACUUUUGAAAAUUUCUCCACUUGUUUUAGGCUUAUCAUAAUAGCAGGAAAAUAUCCUAUGCUUGCGGAAAUAAGUCUUCUCGUGCUGUGUAGUUGAUUUAUGCUUGUUUCAAAUAUAGGUCUUGUCCAUCAGGUGGGCCUUACAGUGAACGUGUGAAUUCAGGUUGUUGGUCAUUAGCUGAAGGAUAACUAGGUUUCUACCUGCCCAUAAUCUGUAUCUGGGUAGCUAAAGCUAAUGUGGUUGUCAUUAGCUGAAGGAUAACUGGGUUACUAUCAUGGUAGGCUUUUUCUGGUUUGAACUUGCUAGCUAUUGUAUCUAGUUUUUCAUAGAUUACAUUUAAUGGGCAUUCUUGUCUGCAGUGGGUGACACUCGCAAAUUCUUCAACUCAGGUUGGCUGCAUGAGGUCCAACUUUGCUUAGAACUGAAUUGUCAGCUUUAGAAAAGAUUCAAGUAUCUAAUGCUAGGGCUAAAAUUAAACAAAAUGAAGAGAAUGAAACUAAUCAAGAUAAUGAAUAGAGGAUGGAUAGAUGAAGAUUUUGUAAAUUCAUUCCUUUCAGAAUUUCUGAUGAAAAAUUUACAAGUUUGAGUGAGAAUUUGAGAGUUUGCUGCUCCUGUUACUUGUUUACUUGUUGCAAAUGUCUUUUAUUCAUAGCAGAUCUUGACUAGCUUUUAUGUGAACAAAAUCCUAGGUAUGUGGAUCCACUCAAUAUAACUGUAAUGACAUGUCCCGCACUACCGUUAUGCCCUUCGGCAAUAGCAGAAGCUGAGCAUGGAAUUCCUGACAUUCUCAAGCAGGUUCGAGCUGUAUUUGAUAAGGUUGGCCUCAAGUACAAUGAGUCAGUGGUAAUAAAGGUAACUGGAUGCUCUAAUGGUUGUGUCAGACCUUAUAUGGCUGAGCUUAGACUGGUUAGCGAUGGACCCAACAUGUACCAUGUCUGGCUCGGGGGAACACCUGACCAAACCUCACUAGCAAAAUGUUUCAUGAAUAAGGUGAAGAGUCAUGAUCUAAAAAAGGUUUUGGAGCCAUUGUUCUACAACCGGAGGCGCAAACGCCAACAAGUCGAAUCUUUCGGCGAUUUCACAACCCGCCUGGGCUUUGACAAACUGAAAGAGACAGUUGAGAAGUGGGAGAGCAUGUCAAAGGCACCAACACGAUUUAAUCUAAAGCUUUUUGCUGACAAAGACACAUAUGAAGCCAUGGAUGAACUUGCAAAGCUGCAGAAUAUGACUGCUCACCAACUAGCCAUGGAAGUCAUCCGCAACUGAAAUGAAAGUGUUUCUUUUGCUUUGCUUCAAUCUGAGACAACUCAUAUGAGGCCAGAGAAUGGUUCUUGGUUCACUAUUGCUGAAUGGUCUUGUAACUCUUCACCAUUAGUACAUGAAGCUUCAUCUUCCACUGAAAGAUCUUCCUGCUCCAGAAACUGAUUGAUUACUGCGGGAUCUUUCGACUCAGAUCCAUCAAAUGAGACCAUGUGAUUUUGUUAGACAGUAGUAGCAUAGGCAUCGUCAUAGGUAUCCCCAACACCAGAAUCUUGCAUUUCCUUUUCCAGAAUCUUUUAACUCAUAUUCAUCAAAUGAGACCAUGUGAUUGUAA